AAACAGAACUUGAGACCGAAUAUGCUGAGGAUUUUGUCAUCUUUUACAUCAACAGCAACAAUAAUCUAACUUUUAUUUCAUAUCUUUAAUUAGUACAUGCCACAUUUCACAACACUUGGUCACGCCAAAGCUAAGCAUAUCCUCUUUCAUAUUCUAUUACUGUAUUACAUAACCACUAUUUAUAAAUCUCUAUAUUAACUUCUUCCUCCUCCAGAUCUCAUUAUAAUACAUUUCUUUAUUUUUUCCAGUUAAAAGAAAGGAUAUAAACUUAAGAUACACUGUAUAAUAUUGUAUUUUGAUGAAGUUUGGGAAGAGGAUUAAAGAACAAAUACAAGAGUCGUUGCCGGAGUGGCGAGAUAAGUUUCUCCGUUACAAAGAACUCAAGAAUCUGAUCUCUUCUCCAGAUCCGGCUGAAUUUAUCUUCAUCGGUUUGUUGAACGCCGAGAUCGAUAAGUUUAAUGCUUUCUUUGUGGAACAAGAGGAAGAUUUCAUCAUCCACCGCAAGGAAUUGCAAUAUCGGAUUCAGAGAUUGGUAGAAAAGUGUGGAGACAAUGAUGAUGAAACGUUCAGAGAGGAGAUUGAUGAUAUCAGAAAAGACAUUGUUAACUUCCAUGGAGAGAUGGUACUUCUCGUUAAUUACAGCAACAUUAACUACACUGGAUUAGCUAAGAUUUUAAAGAAGUACGACAAGAGAAGAGGGGGAGCAUUGCGAUCACCGUUUAUACAGAAAGUUCUUCAUCAACCAUUUUUCAAGACGGAUUUGGUGUCGAGGCUGGUGAGGGAGUGGGAGACGACGAUUGACGCGGUGUUUCCGGCGUCGAAUGCGGAAGCGGAGAGGGGAUAUGAGCGGUCUGCGGCGGUGAGUUCAGCGGCUGCGGGAGAAGGGAUAUUUAGGAAUACGGUUGCGGCGUUGGUGACGAUGAGAGAGAUGAGAAGAGGGAGCUCUACGUACAGUGCUUUCUCACUUCCACCGGUUAAUCUAUCCGAUCCAGAUCUCGUUCUAGGAAGAUGUCGUUAGACCAGACGGACUAUGUCACUGUC